GUUAAAAAAAUAACGAUUGAGAAGGAUAAUCAAAUUGUCAGGCGUCUUGACAAAACAAGAAAGGAGUCAUUUCCAGAUCUGGCACUUGAAAAGUUAGAGAUGGAAAAGGAACGAAGGAAGGUUCUUAGGGAAGCUGCUAAUCAAAAAGAAAAAGAGAAACUUCAACAGGAGAAACAACGACGUGAAGAAGCUGAAAAAAGAUCAUAUGAAUCACUCUUUGCUUCGUCAAAUAUGCGAAGUAAUUGGCAGAAUACCGAUGUCAAGGAUAUAAAUGAGUGGGAAGAAGAUUUUAUGUGA